CAACACACCCUUUUUCUCCCUCUCACUCCUUAACCAAUCGAAACCCUUAUCCACGCUUAUGCUUCUUCAUCUGUUCCAAAACUCAAAUGAUUAACAUGAAGAACAUGAAGAACAACGAAUCUACUUGCUCCAUUUCACUGUCUCCGCCAAACCCUAAUCCACUCUGCGAUUCUCCGAAUCCGUCUCACAAGAGAAAAGCAGGUAGAAAGAAGUUUAGGGAGACACGGCACCCUGUGUAUAGGGGUGUGCGCCAAAGAAACGGUAACAGAUGGGUGUGUGAAAUUAGGGAACCACUGAAAAAGUCAAGGAUUUGGGUAGGGACAUACCCUACUCCUGAAAUGGCUGCUAGGGCACACGACGUGGCUGUUUUAGCCCUUAAUGGCCUCUCUGCUAACUUCAAUUUCCCCGAUUCUGUUUCUCUUCUUCCCCUCGCCAAGUCUUCUUCUGCUGCAGAUAUAAGGGAAGCAGCAAAAGCUGCUACUGUUCAUACUGUUGAUACUGUUGAUGAUACUUUCACGCCAAACACUGAUUUUUCUUGUUCCUCUCGAGGCAAUUCUGGUUUUGAAGAAAAUGGGAAUGCUGAAGAGAGUUUUUUGAACAUGAACAUGCACAACGAUGAGUCUGAAACAGUGUUCUUUGAUGAGGAGGCACUGUAUAAUAUGCCAGGUUUUUUGGAUAGUAUGGCAGAGGGUUUGCUAAUUACACCACCCUCUAGAGCACUGGACUGGGACCAUUCUGAUUCUGAAAUAGACCUUACACUGUGGAAUAACUGAUAUCAAUUACUGUACCUAUAUUUUUGGUUUCUAUCGUUCUCACAGAUAUUUUAAACGCAGUGAGAAUCUAUUUGUGUGUGUGAAAAAAGAUACACUAAUUCCUUUUGCUAUAGAAUCUUUGGUUAAUUACUGCAUGUACUGUUGUACUGCUAUAAUUUCUGCCAAAGCCAUUUUUCAAAGUCAUCAAAAAGUCCUAUAUCUAUAUCCGUGUGUCGUGGUUAAGUGCAUGCACCUUUUUGAGAGAAAUAUGAAGUCAGAAAGGUUUAUAUAUGUAAUUAGCAACGUCAUUAGGGAGGAGAAGAAAAAAGUGUGAAACUGGUAUAUGAGAAAAAUCAACAAUAGUUUUCUCUGUGUCAGAUAUUCUCCCUACACUUUGUAUCAAUUUAUUCUAUUUAAAAAAGCACAUGAUAG